AUGAGUCCCGGGCUCCUCAACAAGCGAAGCUGCCCAGGACUGGAGCCGACGCCCCCGACCACGCCAGUCGCGCCAUCCCCGCUGGGCACCACCGAUCUGGGAGAUCACACGGGCUUGUGUGACUUGAAAAUCGGCGGCCGGGGCUCGAGGGUUUGGUCCGAGAUCCGGGGCGCCAUCAAAGCCCUUGGGCGAAGCAGCCGUAGCGGGGUUGCAGAUUCCGAAAGCUCCACGCUCCUCGCUUGGAACCCUGGCGGAACCCAGUCGGCGAAACGCAAGGGGAAAGGCAUCGCUCGCGAGGAACUCGGGGAUGCUGUAACCCCGCCGCCGCGCAAUAACAAGGGGGUGACGCCAAAGGACCUGGUCAAGAGGCUUGGCAUUCACUCGGGAUUCGACUCGAGCACGACGGUGGUGCUUCGUGGUUCGCCGCUGAAGAGGAGGAGCUCUCUUCACGCCCUCGUCAGCGUCCGUUCCGGCCUCUCGAGUGAGCCGGGGAGUUCGGCGUCGUCCGACAGGAGCAGCAAGCUGUCGACGGCGGGAAACGAUUCCACGAGGAAGACGUCGGUCGACUCUCGCUUCUCGGACGCCACGCUGAUGAGAGAAAGCUCCAAGAGGCGUCGUAGCCGGAGGCACCCCUGGUCGAAAUCCAGUCCCGACGGCGGCACGCUGCAGACAAUCGACGAAAGCUCGUUCCAGGUGCAGCCCACCGUCCUCACGGUUGAGAGAGCAGCCGCCGCAAAGGUCUUUCUGGAAACGCACUUCAACGAGCUCCUGAACAGGCCGGAUACUCGAAGUUUGCGACGCCAGUACCUCGAGUCCCAGCUCCAUUACAGCCCGCACCUGACGCUCGACCAGAAAGAGGCCAUUCGUCAGUCCUUCUACCAACAAGAGUCUUGCCACGUCCGGGAAAUGCGAGCACUCAAGGCGCAAUAUGAGUCUCUCAAGGUUCUGGGCAGAGGCAGCUUCGGCGUCGUAAAGCUGGUCCGAGAGAGAUCUGAUCCGGGCUACGCCUGCGCGAAGCAAGUCUUUGCAAUGAAGGUGAUUCGGAAAUCGAACAUGCUUCGCUGCAGCCAAGAGGGUCACCUGCGCGCCGAGAGGGAUUUUCUUGUGGCCUCUGAAGGCUCCAGUUGGAUCGUCCCCCUGAUUGCUAGCUUUCAAGACCCGAAGAGCCUCUACCUGGUCAUGGAAUACAUGCCGGGAGGCGACUUUCUGGGGCUGCUGAUUCGCGAAAACAUUCUCCACGAGUCGGUAGCUCGCUUCUACAUCGCCGAGAUGAUCCUGGCUGUCGAGGAGGCGCACCGUCUACGGUUCAUCCAUCGCGACAUCAAGCCCGACAACUUCCUCAUCUCGGCCUCGGGACAUCUCAAAAUCUCCGACUUUGGUCUUGCUUUCGACGGUCAUUGGUCCCACGAUGCCUCGUACUAUGGCUGCCAGCGAUACUCGCUUCUGCAGAGGCUGGGGAUCAACGUCGAUGGGGACGCGACGGACAAGAAGAAGUGCGAGAAGAUCUCGACGCAGCUCCCGUGGCUGCAAUCCAUGAAGGAAGUCUUGCAGCGGCACGAGCUGCAGGCCGAGUCCGACACAGACGACCUGCAGCGUCUGCUCGGAUGGAGAAACACGUGCGGCAAUCGUGCCACAGCCAAUUCGGUGGUGGGCACCAGUCAAUACAUGGCGCCCGAGGUCAUUCGGGCCUGUCGAGGCACUGAAUACGACGGGAGAUGCGAUUGGGGCCGGAAGCAGACAAAGGAAAACAUACUGGAUCACAAGGGGCACUUUUCGUUUCCACACAGACCCGCGGUGAGCGACAAGUGCAAGGACUUGGUAUAUCGCUUGAUCCAGGAAAAGGAGGUGCGUCUUUGCUCAAAGCAGUUUGUCUUUCCCGAUGAUGCCGAGGACAUCAAGGCGCAUCGAUGGUUCAAGCACUUCCCCUGGGACCGCAUUCACACCAUCAGCCCGCCCUUUGUGCCCAACAUUGCCAGCAUGGAAGACACGCAUUACUUUGACGAGUCGGAGCCGAUUCAGAGCCUCACAAACUCGUCGUGCCCGCCCGUCGAGGUGACGCCAGACGAUGUCAGGGCAAUCCUGCACGAGUACCGGGCCUUUGUGCAGAACAUGGCCAUCGAUCUGAUCAUGGAGCCCUACGACUCGACCAAGUUGCGCGGUGACGACCACAAGAUCGAUUCGACCUUGCGGCUGACGAGCAACGAGAGGAAAAUGCUCAAGCAGUUUAUCCGCAUGUACGGGCGGAAGGAGCCCAGGCGGCCGAGAGACAUACUGCUGCGAGACGGGGGUACCAAGGACGUGGUCCUGGAGGUGAGGAAGAAGACGGCGUUUAUCGGCUACACGUGGAGGCGGAUGAGGCCGGGCGGCUACACGUUGCCCAGGUUGACUAGCUGA